GGGGUGCGGGGGAACCUCGGCGGGGAUUGGCGCAGCGCGCGCCCCCUCCCCGGCCCCCGCGCGGUGGGAACCGGCAGCCCCGUCUAGCGCUGACGUCAGACCGUCUGCCUGCCUCCGACCGCGGUCUCGGAGCGAAACCCGAUCUCCUUGGACUUGAAUGAGGAGGAGGAGGCGGCGGCGGCGGCGGCGGCGGAGGCGCUCGGCUGGGGAAAGCUAGCGGCAGAGGCUCAGCCCCGGCGGCAGCGCGCGCCCCGCUGCCAGCCCAUUUUCCGGACGCCACCCGCGGGCACUGCCGACGCCCCCGGGGCUGCCGAGGGGAGGCCGGGGGGGCGCAGCGGAGCGCGGUCCCGCGCACUGAGCCCCGCGGCGCCCCGGGAACUUGGCGGCGACCCGAGCCCGGCGAGCCGGGGCGCGCCUCCCCCGCCGCGCGCCUCCUGCAUGCGGGGCCCCAGCUCCGGGCGCCGGCCGGAGCCCCCCCCGGCCGCCCCCGCGCCCCCCGCGCCCCGCGCCGCGCCGCCGCGCCGUCCAUGCACCGCUUGAUGGGGGUCAACAGCACCGCCGCCGCCGCCGCCGGGCAGCCCAAUGUCUCCUGCACGUGCAACUGCAAACGCUCUUUGUUCCAGAGCAUGGAGAUCACGGAGCUGGAGUUUGUUCAGAUCAUCAUCAUCGUGGUGGUGAUGAUGGUGAUGGUGGUGGUGAUCACGUGCCUGCUGAGCCACUACAAGCUGUCUGCACGGUCUUUCAUCAGCCGGCACAGCCAGGGGCGGAGGAGAGAAGAUGCCCUGUCCUCAGAAGGAUGCCUGUGGCCCUCGGAGAGCACAGUGUCAGGCAACGGAAUCCCAGAGCCGCAGGUCUACGCCCCGCCUCGGCCCACCGACCGCCUGGCCGUGCCGCCCUUCGCCCAGCGGGACCGCUUCCACCGCUUCCAGCCCACCUAUCCGUACCUGCAGCACGAGAUCGACCUGCCGCCCACCAUCUCGCUGUCGGACGGGGAGGAGCCUCCACCCUACCAGGGCCCCUGCACUCUCCAGCUUCGGGACCCCGAGCAGCAGCUGGAACUGAACCGGGAGUCGGUGCGCGCACCCCCAAACAGAACCAUCUUCGACAGUGACCUGAUGGAUAGUGCCAGGCUGGGCGGCCCCUGCCCCCCCAGCAGUAACUCGGGCAUCAGCGCCACGUGCUACGGCAGCGGCGGGCGCAUGGAGGGGCCGCCACCCACCUACAGCGAGGUCAUCGGCCACUACCCGGGGUCCUCCUUCCAGCACCAGCAGAGCAGUGGGCCGCCCUCCUUGCUGGAGGGUACCCGGCUCCACCACACACACAUCGCGCCCCUAGAGAGCGCAGCCAUCUGGAGCAAAGAGAAGGAUAAACAGAAAGCACACCCUCUCUAGGGUCCCCAGGGGGGCCGGGCUGGGGCUGCGUAGGUGAAAAGGCAGAACACUCCGCGCUUCUUGGAGGAGGAGAAAGAGGAAGGCGGGGGGCGCAGCAACGCAUCGUGUAGCCCUCCCCUCCCACCUCCCUGUGUAUAAAUAUUUACAUGUGAUGUCUGGUCUGAAUGCACAAGCUAAGAGAGCUUGCAAAAAAAAAGAAAAAAGAAAAAAAAACCACGUUUCUUUGUUGAGCUGUGUCUUGAAGGCAAAAGAAAAAAAAUUUCUACAGUAGUCUUUCUUGUUUCUAGUUGAGCUGCGUGCGUGAAUGCUUAUUUUCUUUUGUUUAUGAUAAUUUCACUUAACUUUAAAGACAUAUUUGCACAAAACCUUUGUUUAAAGAUCUGCAAUAUUAUAUAUAUAAAUAUAUAUAAGAUAAGAGAAACUGUAUGUGCGAGGGCAGGAGUAUUUUUGUAUUAGAAGAGGCCUAUUAAAAAAAAGUUGUUUUCUGAACUAGAAGAGGAAAAAAAUGGCAAUUUUUGAGUGCCAAGUCAGAAAGUGUGUAUUACCUUGUAAAGAAAAAAAUUACAAAGCAGGGGUUUAGAGUUAUUUAUAUAAAUGUUGAGAUUUUGCACUAUUUUUUAAUAUAAAUAUGUCAGUGCUUGCUUGA